CAUCGUAUCAAUUUUUACAAAAAGUAAAUAAGCAAUUUAGAAAAAAAUCAACAGUUCUACAAGAGCAAAAUAUCCUUUAUCGUAAGCAAUACUUCAUAUCGAGUGUAGGAAUAUAACACCUUGCGGCGAUUAGUAGAAGUCUUUUACUUUCAGCGAUCACUACUAAAACAUGUCCUAUCAAUCGGAGACGAGGAACGAGGAAUGGAGUGGCGACAAGAAUGGGCCAGACAGCGAGAAAGAUCAGAUGUACGAUGGGCCCCCGGGUAUGAACCCCGAUGGUGUCAUCGAGUCGAAUUGGGAAGAAGUCGUCGACAACUUCGACGAUAUGAAUUUAAAAGAAGAACUGCUUAGGGGAAUUUAUGCAUAUGGUUUCGAGAAGCCUUCCGCUAUCCAACAAAGAGCCAUCAUGCCGUGCGUGAAGGGACAUGAUGUGAUUGCGCAGGCACAGUCCGGUACCGGCAAAACAGCUACAUUUUCUAUAUCAAUUUUACAACAGAUUGAUACGUCAAUUAGAGAGUGUCAAGCAUUAAUCUUGGCGCCGACUCGAGAGUUGGCGCAGCAAAUACAAAAGGUGGUCAUCGCAUUGGGCGACUUUAUGUCGGCACAAUGCCACGCAUGUAUUGGAGGCACGAAUGUACGCGAAGACAUGCGUAAAUUGGAAACGGGGAUGCACGUUGUCGUCGGUACACCUGGACGGGUAUACGACAUGAUUAGUCGACGAGCUCUGCGUACCAACAACAUUAAAAUGUUUGUGCUGGACGAAGCCGAUGAAAUGUUAUCUAGAGGUUUCAAAGACCAAAUUCACGACGUUUUUAGAAUGCUAAAUACGGACGUACAAGUUAUCCUACUAUCUGCAACAAUGCCCAGCGACGUUUUGGAUGUAACGAAAUCGUUCAUGAGGAACCCCGUCCAGAUUUUAGUGAAAAAAGAAGAAUUAACAUUGGAAGGCAUUAAACAAUUUUUUGUGUAUGUUGAACGUGAGGACUGGAAAUUAGAAACUCUUUGUGACUUGUACGAUACUCUUUCUAUAACUCAAGCUGUAAUAUUUUGUAAUACCCGCCGUAAGGUGGAUAUGCUUACGGAGAGUAUGCACAAACGUGAUUUUACCGUUUCAGCCAUGCACGGUGACAUGGAACAACGGGAAAGGGAUGUUAUUAUGAAGCAAUUUCGAAGUGGAUCAUCCCGCGUUUUAAUUACAACAGAUUUGUUGGCUCGAGGAAUUGACGUUCAGCAAGUUUCGCUUGUAAUUAAUUAUGAUUUACCUUCAAAUAGAGAAAAUUAUAUUCAUAGGAUUGGUCGUGGUGGACGAUUCGGUCGUAAAGGAGUUGCCAUCAACUUCGUCACAGAAGACGAUAAACGUACGUUAAAGGAUAUUGAGCAUUUCUACAACACACAUAUAGACGAAAUGCCGAUGAACGUGGCCGAUCUAAUCUAAUGCGUUUUACUGCUGUGUCCGACGUUGCCUAGAGUUUGUUAUGGUAAAGCAACGUAUACUUCGGACAAGAGAAAUUUGCAAAUAAAUAAAUUACCAUAUAACAUCU